AACUUAAGAGCAUGUGAAUUCGUUUUCGUUAUUUAUUGGAGUAUUGCAUGCGUUUAUUUCAUUAUCUUAGUUAAUACAACAUGGACGGGAAUUCGGGUUCGGAUCCUACCAGGCCGCUUCUCUCCGCCAUACACGACGGUCAGACCACCAAAAUCAUUCGCCGGAAUUCGGUAAACUCUCUCAGAUCAGCUUUCCUGUCCACACUUCCUGAUAAGGUCCGUUCUUGCCUUGAUUCUGAGUCUCCUUUCGAUGUUGAUCUCUCCAACGCCACCGCUUUAAGCCAAGGAGAGAAAGAGUACUAUGAAAAACAAAUUGCUACACUGAAAUCGUUUGAGGAAGUGGAUGCUGUGGUGGAAUCUGACCGCAUUGAUGAGGAUGAUAAAGAAGAGCAGGCACAACAAGAAAGAGCUAUGAAGAUUUCAAAUUAUGCAAAUAUUGUUUUAUUGAUAUUGAAGACAUAUGCGACGGUAAGGAGUGGAUCUAUAGCUAUUGCAGCAUCAACUUUGGAUUCUCUGCUUGAUCUAAUGGCUGGUGGUAUACUUUGGUACACUCACAUAGCAAUGAAGAACAUAAAUAUCUAUCAGUAUCCCAUCGGAAAGCUGAGGGUGCAGCCAGUAGGCAUAAUUGUUUUUGCUGCUGUCAUGGCCACACUUGGUUUUCAGGUGUUAUUCACGGCUGUAAAGCAAUUAAUAGAAAACAGUCCUAGUGAAAAGAUGACAUCUGAACAACUAAUAUGGUUGUACUCUAUCAUGAUAUUUGCAACUGUGGUGAAGCUUAUACUCUGGCUUUACUGCAGAAGCUCGAGAAACAAGAUUGUCCGUGCCUAUGCAGAUGAUCACCACUUUGAUGUGGUAACAAAUGUAGUUGGAUUAGUUGCGGCUAUUCUUGGUGAUAAAUUUUACUGGUGGAUUGAUCCGAUAGGAGCUAUUUUGCUUGCAAUUUACACCAUCUCAAAUUGGUCUCGCACUGUCAUGGAGAAUGCCGUUUCAUUGGUGGGACAAUCUGCACCUCCUGAAGUUUUGCAGAAGCUAACAUAUCUCGUUAUAAGGCACCCCGGAAUUCAACGUAUUGACACUGUCCGCGCAUAUACAUUUGGUGUUUUAUAUUUUGUGGAGGUAGACAUUGAACUGCCAGAGGAAUUACCAUUAAAAGAAGCACAUGCCAUUGGGGAGACUUUACAAAUAAAGCUUGAGAAACUUUUGGAAGUUGAGAGGGCAUUCGUUCAUCUAGACUUUGAGUGCGAUCACAAACCAGAGCACUCAGUUCUCAGUAAACUACCCAACAAUACGUAAGCACGCUUUACCGGUCUGUGCGCAAGAAACACAUACUUUUGUAAUUGAGUCUUCGCCAAUGAUUUCUUCGUGAAGAGCAAAACUGUAAAAGAGAAUGAUCCAGAUGAUUGCUUAUAUGGAAGCUGACAAUGCAACCGAACUUCGAGUUACUUUUCAUACACUUCAAGUUACUUUUCAACAAAUACAUUCUGUAAGACGAGCAAGUUACAAAGUUUUCAACGUUUCAUUCGUUCUAUAGUUCAUUUUGGAAUCACACAUGAUGUAUUUUUAAGGUUACUUGUCGUGUUGUAUCCUUAAUAAUAUAUAAAUGCCUCAGUUUUUCGGAUA